UUUGUCCAAUUCAUGCGCAGGCGCAGAAGAAAGACGGACGCUCAAACUAAGGCGCGCCCUUCCCCCACUCUCUUUCCGGCCAACUCCCACUGCGCAGGCGCCUAGAGUGCACCAAGAUGGCCGCCCCCGUGGAUCUUGAGUUGAAGAAGGCCUUCACAGAGCUUCAAGCCAAAGUUAUCGACACUCAACAGAAGGUGAAGCUUGCAGACAUACAGAUUGAACAGCUAAACAGAACGAAAAAGCAUGCACAUCUUACAGAUACAGAGAUUAUGACUUUGGUAGAUGAGACUAACAUGUAUGAAGGUGUAGGAAGAAUGUUUAUUCUUCAGUCCAAGGAAGCAAUUCACAAUCAACUGUUAGAGAAGCAAAAAAUAGCAGAAGAAAAAAUUAAAGAACUAGAACAGAAAAAGUCCUACCUGGAGCGGAGCGUUAAGGAAGCUGAGGACAACAUCAGGGAGAUGCUGAUGGCACGAAGGGCCCAGUAGGAAGCCUCUUGGGGAAGCUCUUCCUCUUGCCCCUCCCAUUCCUGGUGGGGGCAGAGGAGUCUCUGCAGGGAAACAGCUCCUCCUCUGCCCCAUGGAUGUUUCAUCUGGAUGGCCUGGCAACGUCACAUUUUCUGCAUCACCCUGAGCCCCUUUUGCUUCUCAGCCCUAGAGUUUUUACCCUGGCUUUACCUCCCACUUUGGCCCAAGACACUCUUCCCUCUCAGGGUGUGUGAUGAAUUCCCAGGAGAAGGGAAGAUGGGAGCCAGGGCAGAUAGGAAGCUCUGCCUGAGCUUUCCACUAGGCAUGCCAGCCAGACCAAUAAAAAGUGUCCACUCUGCUAAGCCUGCUUUUCUUGAGCUGAGGGAUGGAACAGAGGGUUAGAGAGGCAGUGGCCGUCUCCACCUCAGCUCCUGCUCCCUCUGCAUUGAAGCCCUUCCUUCCUUGGGGGAUGGGCUCUUGCCCUCUUCUCUUUUCCCUUCCUGUACCUUUGACUAACCCCUCAGCUUCCGGGCCUGCAUGUAGUAGACAGAAGAGGAAGAAAGAACACUGACAUUCACAGCUGAAUAAGUGAACAGGAUAGCAGUCCCUGGAUGGCAGUUGCCUAGAUUCCUUUUCCUGCCUCCUCCUAUACAUUCCAAAAGGAAGUUCAACAGCAGCACCUCCAAGACUGUCUCCUUCAGGCCAAUGUCAUAAGAUGGACGCUGUAAUCCUGAGGCCUCCUAGAGGCUGAGGGCAGCAGUAUGCUCCAGCUGGCUCGUCCCAGCCCAGGUGGGCCAAUUAUUCAAUUUUUAAGAAUUUUGUUGCAAGCCAGUUGUUGAACACAGCCAUUAUAAUUAUGUAAAUGUGCAAAUUAGGUUAAAAACAAGGACAAUAAAUAUUCAAAACUCAUCCCUAAUUAUAUUACUACAUUUGACCAUGAUUGUGCUCUAUCUAUCUAUGCACUGACUGUGAUCUGUGGGGCUGGACCUAUUGUGUGUGGGUGGCAGAAAUCCCACAUGAUGGCAGGUCCUGUGCUGCUCUUCCCAGCUCCAGUCAGUGACAUCACAUUGGUAACUUGAAAUCAGCCAUGGCAGAGUGGGAACGCUUACACCACAGAAAUAAGACGUAGGACAUGCUACAAAA